GAGUGGAGCGUAAGCGAGUCGAUGCGCCGGUUUAUUGAUUGGCAGCAGUCGAGACCAGAGGGAGAGACGAACCCGCGCGCUGUCACGCCGGCAAGGUAGACUGCUGAAGGCUAUCUUCGUGCUAUCUUCUUGUCGAGAGAUUGACCGUUUGGUAUCCUGUCGGAAGACUUUCGGUCGAGCGUUCAAUCUUUGGCUCCACGGAAUCGAUCUUCAUCGGGAGCGAGAACUGAUGAAUGCGAUAUAGCGAAAGCAGCGCAGAAUCCGACGCGGGAGUUCGUCUUGACGAAAGAAAUCUUUGAAAGAUACGAAUUGAGAGAGAGCGUAUGCCCGGAGCAGGAAGAUCGAUAUCGAUAUUCGGAUGCACCGUCGCGAUCGAUCGCCACGAUUCUUCCUCGGUUUAUGUCGCGUUUAUCCGGAACACUAAUCACUACGUUCGCGUGUUAUAUCUUAUCCUUAUCUUUCUCUCUCCCUUUCUCUCUCUCUCUCUCUCUCUCUUUCUCUCUCUCUCUCUCUCUCUCCCUCUCUAGCUCUUUUUCACUACCCGAUGCGGCGUUCGAAGGCGUAUCCGGUAUUAUCGCGUGUCCUCUCCUCGCAGUCUCUUUUUCCGCAAGGGGACCGCUCGCCCUCGCUCCACUUUACGCGCGUUCCCCGUUAUUACGCCCGGGCCGACUCGGGCAACGAUCAGGAAAGCUGUCGGGAGCUCUAAAGCUCCACGACUCGCGAGGAGCUGUCGUCCGGAGUUCGGCCAAUAUGGCGGUUACACGCGCUUACACGGUGCCUUGGCCACCACUGUCUGCCUGUCUCGCGGACGAUUCCAGCGACGCCGACGCGAAGCGCCGCGACGCGAAGCUUACCCGGCGCGGACGCGUCUCCGCAGACCGACGCCGACGCCGACGCCGACGCUGUUACCAUCACAGAACGCCGACGCCGACGCCAACGCGAUGGUCGAGCCAUCAGCCGAUGUACGAGCACCGUCGUCAUCAUCGCGGUACUCUCGUACUCUCGUGAUCCUUGCGUGCGAAUGACCCGCCGAUACUUUCGCGAUCCCUCGCUAGCACGAAGGUGUCGUUACGACUAUGCUCGUCACGAUGAGUAAAUGUAUAAACGAUCAUGACAGUAUAUGUAGUUUGAUAAAGGAGGACAGAGAAUAGAGCACAAAAUAAAACGAAAAUACAAAUGGACUAUUAAUUGAAAAUGUUACAAAAACUAAAACGAUCUCUAAUAAUAACACUAAUAGUUAUGAUGGAAUCAUCAAUACACGAUAGAUAGAUAAAUUAAUUGCAACGCUCUUCGCAUUUCAAGCAUAGAGAAUAGUAAAAGCCAUAAUAAAUUAUUUAUUCAGUAGCAAACAAGUAAUAGUGCUGAGAUAUAAACAUUUUAUUCUUAAAAUAUUAAAUAUCUAUGUUAUAUAAAUGCGCGCAAAACCAUCUGGCAAAAUAGACUGUCGUAACUAGAAAAAACAUCCGAAUAUUUCGGCGAAGUGUAAUGAAACAGUAAAUGUCCUAAGAGCACGCUUUAAUUUACACUAAUAACUAUAAAUGAUGAUUGUAAUUAUGUUCUCGUUCAUUGAUUAAAUCAUUAUAUUAUAUCAUUUAAGAUGAAAAAAUUCGAAAUUAUUACUAGACUUUUUCUCCUCGUCACUCAAAUUUUUUCACUGGACAUUCUUUAUUUAUUUAAUAUCAAGCCUUUAUAAUUUCAAAUCCUCUUAUGGUCGGUUAUUCCAAUUUCUUUGAGGAAAAAAAAAGAUAGAUACAUGUUUACCUGAUAGGCAAGUUUGUUAAGAAAUUGAAGAACAAUUGGCCCUAAUACGGCAUAUUAAUGCAAUUUUAAAAUAUAAUUCAAUUUCAAAAAAAUUAUUUACGAUUUUUAAUUUUGUUUUAUUUAACCGGUGAAAGUUGACGUGGAAAGCGCUGAGAAUUAAAACUAUCAAUUCUUGAAGGUAGAUUGAAACUAUCGUUCUCACGAUGAACUUUAAAUCUUAUAUAAAGCGCAGUUAAUAAUAGAUUAAUAAACAGCUAAUAAUAAAAGUGAUAUAAGAGAACUAGAAGAAAGCGAAAGCAAAACGCAUUUGUGGCAACGAUGAUGCGAGGAUAUUUUUGCAAAAUAUGGAUAUAAGGCUCUUUCAUAAUUAUAAAUAUCAUGAUAUUCUGAAAGGAGGCGCCUGUACGCAAAAAUAAAUAGACACGAGCUACGCUAUGGUUGUCGGAGACCUAUGUCUAGAUUUUUAUGGAAAUCUCUUGUCGUAUAUUUUAGAGAUAUUACAUUUUCGUGGUAAAUCUCAUUUUCCUUCACCCCUCUCUUUCCCCGUUCCACAACCGAUGUCGCCGUCCUUGGCAUAUCGCCGUUUUAGCGGCUUUUAAGUUAAGUAGUUCCGCGUUUGUGGUGCGAGAGCGGAAAUUUCUCUCGUGCUAAGUACCAUCUCCUCCUUUCGUUCGCGGCACGGCGUCCGAUCGAUCACGCGACCGCGGCCAAUACCAGACAUCAUCAUCCCUCCGUCAGUUUUUUCCGCCUCGCGUCUACGUAAGGAAGAGACGGGCGACGCGCGAGCGUAAGGGAAUGUCUGAACAGGGGCAGGGAUCAAUACGCCGACGUCGGCAGCGGCCCGAUGCACUCGUCGGUCCUAAAUUGCGACUCGGAUGCAGAUGUGUCUCCGCUUGCUCCCGUUGAAUGAUCCGCGCUCGUCCGUGUGCGCGGCGGCCUCCGGCUGCAUGAUAACGAAGUGACGGAGUGCUGGAAGUUAAUUUCAGAUCCGCGUCACGGAACGUUACACAUGGUAACGCCGGGCGGAAUGUAAAUGAAGGUUGCCAGAGCGACGAGUGCCGUUGGUACAACACGUCUCGUACUCUCGGUAGGGAACCAACCAAGAAUGCCGACCCAGAACCCAAACUAGUUUCUGGGAACAGUCGGUUUGGUCAACUGCUUGCUUAUCGGCUGAAGUAGACUUCUGAUAUCGGUGUUCUUGCCUUGGAUAUGCUAGCUCUGCGUAUAUGCCACCGGUGCUUUCCAAAUUAUAAAGUUACUAAUGAUGUUAAAAACCGUAUUUUCAUACGAAAUGUUAGUAGUCUCAUUCGUUAAUCUUUAAUAGAAGACUAUUAGAAAUAUUUAAAAAGUUUUAAUGCUAUUUCCAGAGUAAUUUUUAUUUUUAUUCUAUAUGUGAGGGUGACGAGAGAGAUAUAGUAUCAAUAACUAUUAUUUUUCUUAAUAUACUUUAGAUAUCAAAUGUAAUAAAAGGUUGUGCAAAAUCAUUAGCAUGAAUUUUCGUGGGGAAAAAAAUUUCAAGAAGUACGAAAAUUUAUAUAAGUAUCUUAGGUAAGAUGUAUCCAUGCAAACCAUUUUUUCCUUCUUUUCUCUGUCCGAAAAGAGAAUUUUUUGCCGUUAGUUUCUAAAGCGCUUUUGCGAAUGGAGCCUACGACUUUCUCUUUUCAGAACGUUAAGUUUCCAAAAUAAAUUAGGCAGGAACCUAGCAACAUGCUGAGAUCUUCAAGGUCAUUCUUGAGUUUUAAAUCUUUUUAGAGAUUCUCUUCUGAAAAAGGAUUUGAAAGGUCUUCUCGAACAUUCUUUCUCCUUCCUCCCCCUCCCCCCCUCCCUCCCGCAAGUCUGUCUUCUCACUACCUAUUCGCCCCUGGAGUGCUGCGUGGUGAACACAUGUAGAGGCAGACGUGCAGGGAGGUUCGUAGGAAGGGCGGGUAUGCCAUCUUGUGUAAGUGUACAUGUGUAUAAGAUUCUACACAUACACACACAUACACGCACACACACACACACACACAAACGGCUCGCCAGCUGUUGGUGUGUAGUGUGUAGCUGGGUUGGAUGGUGGGAGGGAGGGAGUGGAAACAGGCUCGACUACUCCCCCUAAUACUGGAGGAUUGAAUGGGCGAGAGAGGGUGGUAUUGGGUUCCCUCACCCACCCACACACCACUGCUCCCAACCCGACUGAGCCACCCAUUUCAGUCCGCCUGCCACCCCACCUACCCACCCACUCGCCACCCGACUGCCGUCGAGGAAGCAACCUGCAACUGAACCAGCAUAACGUUUCCUCGAACAACGAUUUUCGUUAGCGUCUUGCACUUGGUCUUCGUCAACGGCACAAGGAGGUAAGUAAUUUGAAAGUCCUAACGUUUUCCUAUAUCCAAGAUCCGUGCUCGUCCGUGUAUCUUGACGCGUUCGUGUGGCUGCGAAUCGUCGUCGUGUUCGUCGUGUUCGGCGUCAUCACCGUCCAGCGUCAGUACAAUACCAGAUCCCGGCCGGUGUCUUCUUCGAGUUCCUCUCGAGAUGCUUGCUUCACUUCUUCUAUCGGGUUGCACGCCGAAAACGAACGGAACGAGGGAAAGUGUCAAGUGAUGUACGGUGUGAUGAAAGAGAUGUGAGAGAGGGAACAGUGAGUGGAGAGAUAAGAUGAGAACCGAAUGUGAGUGCGACUACGAAUAACGACGAGCCGCGGCGCGAACGGGAAGAGCGAGAACGCGAGAGAAGAGGUCGCCGCCACGGCCGACGUAUUGUGUGUAUCGCGAAUAGGCCGCACGCGAAUACCCAUCGAGACGCGCGGAGCGCGCGGCUAUAUGUGCUACGUCUCAACGUCCGUGUGUUCGUCGGUGUUUCGACGGGCAGCGCGCAGUGAGGCAGACGGAGAGAGGAUGCCGGGUGUCCAUGUGUGCUCCGAGAGCGCGCGUGUGCGCGCGCGGGGGCGGCCAUUCGCGGGUGCUCCGCGAUAUCGUACGCGAUGCUGAACGCGGCCGAGAACUCGGCGGCGGCACUCGCCGCAGCCUCUUCUCGCGACAACGACGAGAACGACCGCCGACAGCGAUGGCGAUUUUGCGCGCACCGUCGCUUCUACACGCGGCGAAAAGCCGGGGACGAAAGAACGAAGCGAAAAGAAGGGAUCUUUCGGCUGUACGCGAACGAUCGUGCAUAUACGUGUGUGUGCAAUCGCCUUACGUAUAUGUGCACGAUCGUAAAUGUGGCGGGCGUGGAGCAGACCAGCCUGAUGUCCUUGGUUAGCUGGCAAUAAUUUCCGGAUGGAUUUGAAUGGAGCACUGCGCCUGUCUUCAAGAGACUCUCUUUCUCUGCCUAUCUCUCUUUCUCUCUCUCUCUCUCUCUCAUACACAUGCACACAUACACACACUCUCUCGAGUUCUCCCUCUCCUACUUCAUUUUUUCGAUUAUUCUCACUCGUUCUCUCAUUCUCUUUUCUACCUGACUCUUUCUCUCUUUCUCGAGGAACUGUGUCUUUGCCUUUAUUCCGACCGACCGAACCGUGUUCCUGCUGCUAUGUCAUCUCUCCUUUUUCUCCCUUCGGGCUUCUUUAUUCCUUCUCUCUGCGCCAUAAAGCAGAGGUUCUCAACGCAACGAAGAAAUGUGAGGCUCUACUAGUACGCUCUAAAACACCCUCUACGUUCCACCAUCUGUCGUUUCUAGGGGACAUGCUCCCGAUCGGGUGGCAGAGGGGCAUAUUGAUUUAUUCUUCACGGUAACCCCUUCCACGCACAGAAACGUUCUUGCUUCCCCCUCCGCAUACACAUACACAACCGAACCUGGUGUAUGCGCAUGCACACAUAACGUGGGGUUACUAGCGGGGUAACCCGUCUCCCCCUCUCAGUUACUCGAGCAGCAAUCGUGACGAUCAAUACACGCUCGCUCCUUUCUCUUUCCGGAUGCUGUCGCCACCCUUGCAGAAUACAGUGUUAAAUUUUUGUGCAUGCGUCAUUCGAUCAAAAUCAAUCGAAUUACGGUAUUUAUGACAGUAAAAGAGAUGAUAUUAAUGAACAUGAAUUCAUAGGUCUGGUGAAGAUUCAGCACGCAGGUAGCUAAACUGCCUCUUAGGCAGUCUAACAAAGGUUUAUUGUUCUGUGGAUCCUGAGUGACCGUUACAAACCCUUAAAAUGGAAGGAAACGGCACUAGGAUGGACUACGAGGAUAUGUUCAGAGAAAUUACAAAGAAACUCUAUGGCGAAGACCCCGAUCACAGAACAUCGAGUGUACAGAACGAGUUCGAAGCAUCCGUUUCUUACAAAAACGACGACGAUACUGAAAACGGUACUGAAGGUAGUGACGAAGGAAAUUGGACAUAUGAAGACGAACCACUUAAAGGAACUGAUGGAAGUCGAAUCGCAGCUUACCAUGCUGGAAAAGCUAUAUGGCGAUGUGAUGAAUGUGGGGAUAUUAUAACGACUGGUCCGCGGGAAAUUGCCGAGCAUUUUGUUGAACAUCAUCCAUCGAGAAUCUUAGCCGAUGGCAAUAGGAAUAGGCAUCAUUCACCACGAAAAGAUUAUUUACAAAUAGAUUUUAAAAUCGAAGAUAUAGUUACAUAUUUAGAAAGACUUCGUGAACGCGCUGAAAGAGCGGCUCCUCCUUCUCGAAGAACACAAGAAACGCAAACUGUACCUGCGGCUUUAUUGCCGGUUACAUCGAGUUUUCUCUUGCAAGAACUGCCAUCCGCUUCUGCGCCACAACAUUUACAACAGAACACAACUACAAUGUCUACACCUGUUGCGGCAUCUACAAGCACUAAACGUUACAUCUGUCAAAACUGUCCUUACGGCACGGACAGGCGAGAUCUUUUUACACGGCAUGAGAACAUCCACCGCGAAGAAAAACCAUUUCAUUGUUACGUAUGCUAUAAACCGUUUAAUCGUGCGGAUCACGUGAAGAAACAUUUCAUGAGGAUGCAUCGCGAUGCACAUUAUGAUUUAACGAAAAUACGAAGACCGGUGGGAACAACUACUCCAAAGCUAUUGCAACAAGACUCGACGCCAACGCCGGCGACUGUCAAUAUGAACAGCCAACAGCAUCCGCAACAACAACACAUAAGCAAUCAGUUCGGUUUCGCUAGUAAUAAAGGCUAUCAGCUACAGCCGAAUGCUGCUGCGUCUGUUGCUACUGGUACCAGCAAUACCAGUAUUCAUCAAGCGAUAAUCAUGCCUUCUCCGGGUGGUAUUGUGCAAUUCGACACAAACAAUUGCAAUACAGGCAGACGAGUACAAAAUGGCGGAUGCAAUAGCAAGAGUCAUCUAAAAGGUGGUUCCAAGAGUACGCAGGAAAAAAGGUACAGCUGUCCGACCUGUUCAUGGACCGGAGUUGAUAAUUGGUGUCUAAAGCGGCAUAUGAAUACUCACACAAAGCCCUAUGCAUGCUCCUUAUGCGAGUACAAAGCGGCGCGCGCUGAGAGGCUCGCAACACACGUUCUUAAGGUGCACAAUAGGAGACAAUGUUCGAGGUGUUCGUUUCUUGCAGAAGAUGCGAAUCAAUUACAAAUGCAUCAGAUACAUGUUCAUCACGCAAAUGUCUCAUCGACAUCAACCACUCAAAACGCUCCACCGCCGAGUAAUCGUCAUCAGCAACCUUUGCAUCCUGUGGGAGGAGGACGGCCGCCACCUGGGCCACCAGUUUUUCCAGCACCGGCCCCAACAAUUGCACCUGCUACCACUGUGAUACCACCGAGUACUAUACUCGGUAGGCAGCCAUCAACACCAUCGACCUCAGUGGAUGACACUGAUCGACUUUCGGAAAUAUCAUCGUCACAGGUUUCGGAAUCAUCGUCAUCAUUGGUGAAUGGAUCGAAUGGGAAGGAAAAUCAUCAGAAGUUGGUAGAAAGACGAUCUCGAAAACAGAGUCAGCCGAAACAAGUCUUGGAAAUCCUGUCUCCAGAUGAUAAAGAGUCUAAUUACAUACCGGCGUUAGGUUUGCAAAAUGUAAGAAUUCAAAAAUUCAAAAUUAAUAGUAAAAUUAUUCAGUCUCAGAGAUUGGCAUCGAAAAGAAUGUUUAAGUGCCAUUUAUGUCCAAAAUAUGCGCCGGCACGAGGAAAAACUCAUCGGCCAUAUCAUAGUAGAGCUUCUUUGACACUUCAUACGUUGUGGCGACAUAAACGAGGAUCUUGGCCGACUAAGAAUCGCGUAUCAAAAGACAGUUCGGCACCGACCGCCUCCUCGAUUACGCUUAAAGCAACGUUUUUCACCAACCCGAAUUAUAUAUAUGAUAGAUAACAGCAAAAGAGGCUUGAAAUGGCCAAGAUUGUAAGAUAUAACUUUUAAUUAAUUAUAAGUGUUCAAGUGUAAAUUUAGACAAAUCAUGACUUUUUUAUGAUAAAAACUUGAUAAAAUUUAUGUUGAUCUAGAGUCUUGAUCGACAAAACUUACAUUUUCAUAUAUUUUCAUAGUUUUCUGAUUACAAUCUCUCUCACUAGAUUAAUGUAAGAAUUUGUGAUUUAAACAUUUUUUUUGUGUAGAAAUAUUUUAAUUUAUUGCAACAGAAUAUAAAUUUUGUCAUGUAUAAAUUUAAUACUAAUAUUUAAGAUAAAAUACUGUUAUUUGUAAAACAGAUCUCGUACACGUAAUGUAAAUCUCAAUUGAAAGUAUUUUAACAUAACAUAACAUAAGAUCAUGUAAAUAUGUUUUUUCCACAAUAGUCUUUAACUGUUUUAAUAUUAGAUAAGAUAUGUAGAUUAAUUAUAAAUGUUACGUAAAUGAUUUUUUCUUAAGGUUUAAAAGUAUAUGAGACAUAUAUAUGUAUGUAAAAUUAUAAAGAUGAUACAAAGUUUUAAUUUAUGUAUUAGUCUCAUAAAUUCCUCAUGUCUCAUUAAUUUUUUUUCUAUAUCUUUUUUUGCUCGUUUGUCUUUUUUCUAAAGAUUUCUAUUAAUAAAUUACUUGAAAGUUUAAGCCUUUUUAAACAGUUAAAUAAAAUACAUAGCCACGUUUUUAUAAAACUAAUUUAAUAUAAGAUAUGUGAAAAAAUUUGUACAAAAAAUAUGGAUCUUGUUUACGUUAUUAUGUGAAGUAUGUCUAUUGUACAUACAAUAAAAGCUUACAAGAAAAAUAGUUCAUAUUAUUCUCUAAAUAUUAGUAUUUUUUAUUGUACGUGUUAUGAAUUUGAUUGUGACACAUUUGUGUACUGUUUCCUUGCCAACAAUCUCUUUUCUUUGUAUAAAUAUAUAUGUAUCAACGCGCAAAUUGUCAACAAUAAAAUCGGUAACAUUUCUUUAUUAA